UUCCCUUUCCGCCCACUCAGUGGGGUUCCUCAAACUCCAGUGCUGCUUGCCAGUCCCAGCAGAGAAUUUAUAUGCUCUUUGUUUGUGUCUGGCCACCUCCAAAAACACCUAAUUCCUGUGCUCGUGAUUACAUGUGAAACCCGAAGUCACUGACUGGGAGAUCAAAUUCUGGGAGAGGCCAUGAGCCCAACAGGGGAAACCAGCCCCAGAACUACAGAUGCCCCUGCAGAGAAGAGGGGAGGCUGCUCCUGGCUGAGCACCUGGGUCGUUCCUGUGAUCUCCAUCCUGAUCCUCAGUGCCUGUUUCAUCUCCAGCAUCCUCGUCACCUGGCGUUGGGACACUAGGACACGGCACGAAGAGCAAGAGAAACUGUCUUGUCUGCUCCAGUAUCUGAAGGAAAAAGCUUGUGUCUCAGAGGGUCAGGCAGGGACAGAGCAAGUCUGGAUGUGCUGCCCCAAGGGCUGGGAGCCCUUUCAGGCUAGCUGCUACUACUUCUCGAAAGACAUGAUGACCUGGGAUGACAGUGAGAGGAACUGCACAGAGAUGGGCUCCCACCUGGUGGUGAUCAACACAAGAGCUGAGCAGGAUUUCAUCUUCACUUGGGCAAAGGGAACAGUUACAGGCCACCAUCGAAGGAAUUACUUUAUUGGUCUGACUGAUCAGGAGAAGAAAGGAGAGUGGCGCUGGAUGAAUGGGACUCCGUAUAACAAUACUGCAGCGUUCUGGAGACCUGGGGAACCCAGUCAUCACACCAAUGAGAACUGUGUUGUCAUGUAUGUGUCGGCAAAACAAAAUGCAUAUGGUAACAGGAAUUGGAAUAACAUCCCUUGUUCCGAUACAUUUCAUCGAAUUUGUGAGACUGCAGCACUUAGAUUUUGAGGAAGAACCCCCAUCCUGGAUGGGAGUCUGGAGAGUCCCCCUAUCUCUUGCUUGGGUCAGCUCCCAGAGAGAUCUGGUGGGAGGGUUUUGAUCAGCCCUGGGCUAUCAUGACAUUGGGCUUAGGUGGUCGAGGAUGAUAUUGGGGCCCAAACUCACUCACUAGAUCAAUUUUGGAAAAAUCUGAAAACUGCUGAAAAUAUCUAACUGGAAAAAGCCAAAGUGCCUGUGAUGUCAGUGAAGCUCCCAGGUGACUGGUGGAGGAGGCGGGCUGGGAAAGGCAGGACCAGUGGGUUUGCCCUGGGAAAUGUUGAAAGGGGGUUUCCUGUUCAUAUUAACCUUCCCAGUCCUGGUCAAGGUAACAACUUACCAAGGAUAAGGUCCUGUCCAUGCUGCAAAAUUAACUUGGUCUGACCUUCUUUCCCCUUGACUCUGCUACAACUCAAUUCUCCCUUGUAACUGAGAUGGGGCUUUGUCCAUGUCCCUGAGCAAUGCUAAAACCCUUGAAUGGUCCAACGCUUUAACGUCACUCAGGGACAAGGACUUGUCUACACAUGGAAUUUGGCUGACUGAACUACAUAGGUUUACAAACAGUUUAGUUCCAUUGGUGCAACCCUCCUGUGUGGAGGCUUUUAGGUUUAGGACUGAUGCUUUAUAUCAAGUCAGUGAGAAAUCACCUAACCUAAAUUACUGUAGGGCUCCUUUAUACAGAAAUAAGAGUGUUCACAAGGAGGGGGUUGCACCAGUUUAACCCAGUCAAUGUUGUAGGAAAGAGACAUGGCCUCCCUCGGAGAUUGACAGCAAGGGACGGCCAAACACCUGCUGGUGGGUGGAACCGGGAAGGCCACACCCACCACACUGGAAGCAGAGGGGUGACACCGGAACAGAAAGUAUAAAAGGCAGGCCCUGUCAUCCAGCUGGGCUGGAGCUGCUGAGGGAGACAGGUGCUUCCACCCUGCUGCUGGGUCAGGAGCAGAGAUCUGCUGUCCUGAGGACUCUUCUGAGCUGCCAGACCCAGCCAGCACUGAGGAGAUGAAGGUUGACCCUGGGUUUCAGGUACACCUGGAGGGGAGGAGAAGAAGUGACCCAGGAACAGCUGACUCCAGUCUGGCGUGUUGCUGCCUGAACCAAGGUCAGCAUGCUGUGGCUGGAUCCCUGCUGACCCAGUAGUGGAACAUGCUGCCACUGUUGGGGCUGGUGGAGUUGGGUGGGCCUGGGUCCCUCUGCAACCCCACCCUGGGGGUGGCAGCCUCCCCACCAUAGGCCAAGAGGCCUGUGUUUGUCUGCUGUCUGCCUGAGCCAGUGCAUCAGGCAAUAGACUGUCUGAUGCUCUGCCCCACCACAUGGGUCAGAGAAGCCCUCCUGAGGCCCUAGACUAUUUGGUGCCCUGCCCUGCCUGAGCUCAUAGACUAUUUACUGCUCUGCCUGGCCUCAUGUCUGAACCUCCAAUCUGUUUAGUGCCCUGCCCUGCCUCAGGGCCUAGGCUUAUAGACUAUUCAGUACUCUCUACUGUCGAAGGAUUUGAGCCCUAGAAACAGUUAACUUCCCCCUUUUACAGACCGCUGUUCUAGGUGUGUGAUGGAAAAGAUGUGUGGCCUCCCUGGGAGAUUGACAAUGAGGGAUGGCCGUGGACACAUAUAUGCCUACAAGUGUCUAAUCUCAUUUAGUUAAACUGGUGCUGUUUUCUCAUGGAGACAAGCCCACAAUUGAAAUCAACAAGAUCGAGCCCUGCUGACACUCUGUUGGGAGAUAUUCCUGUUUUAUCUGGGCCCUCUAAUCUGGCUGUACGUGCAGUGUAGACAAAGUCUAAGCAGUACAGUGAAUAGCUAUUAUAAUAUUUAUUAUUGUCUGAUACUCAUAACUGCUGUGUGACCAGAAGGGCUGUAAAACCUCUUUUAAAAACCCCAAACUGUAAGAAUUAUGGUCACUGAUUCUUGUCAACAGUUUAAACAGCUCACGAAAGCUUAUCCUCUAAUAAAUUUGUUAAUCUCUAA